AUGGCUGAUGUCAAGUGUCACUAUGAGCCCUUGCCUGUCCAUGACCUGCAGCGACUUCUCUGGAGUCACAGAUCAUCCACAGGACAUGUCAACCAAGUAUGGCCAAAACUGUACCUGGGAGAUGCGUUUACUGCCAGAGAUAAAUCUGUUCUUCGUGAACUGGGGAUCACCCACAUAGUGAAUGCUGCCUCUGGAAAAUACCGCAUCAACACUGGACCUGAGUUCUACAGAGACCUUAACAUUGAUUACUUUGGAGUAGAGGCAGAUGAUCAUCCUUAUUUUGACUUGAGUGUUCACUUCUUCCCAGUGGCACAGUUUAUAAGGGCUGGACUGCAAUCUCCUAAUGGCAAGGUGUUGGUGCAUUGCGUAAUGGGGAUCAGCAGAGCAGCCUCCCUUGCUCUUGCAUUUUUAAUGAUAUCUGAAGGGUUGAGUUUAGUUGAUGCCAUACGUACAGUGAGCGAGCACCGAGACAUCUGCCCCAACCCAGGCUUUCUUGAGCAACUGCGUCAAUUGGAUAAAACACUGGAGGCUAAGAGAAGAAGCCGGAGAGAAUAG